GUAAUAUCUGAAAGUUUUCUGGAAUCUCAGUUCGCCUAGCAGGAAAGUUGCAGCUUUGUUGACCUCUUCUGAAACUCAACUUUAUUUUCUCUUCCGGAAAAUAAUAUUUUGGGUGGGGGCUGUAAGGUUUUAAUGGGCAUUGAAGGUAAACACACAUAUUCAAAAACUGGGAAUAUGGAAAAGUUGUCAACUCCUCCAGGUUUUGUCUCUCAAACAACGUUUGUGCUGAAGAAUGUACACCAAGACAGAGAAAGCUCAAGAUCGGUGGUGGGACAAGAGCAGAUAUCUGGUUUCGGUAUGGGUGAUCCUAGUUUCAAGCUGUCUCUUAACAGACGACCGUGGAUAGUGCAUGAUCACACGAAUCCCACUUCAGAGGCCUUAAAGCCAGUGAAACCUGAGGUACAGGAAAAACGGAUACAGAGAGUCUCCAAGAACGUAUCCCUUGAGGAAGCUCCAGUGUUUAACCCAACCGAGGAGGAGUUCAGUGACACACUCUCGUAUAUUGCAAGCUUGCGAGAGAAAGCUGAGCCUUAUGGAAUCUGUUGUGUAGUUCCUCCUCCUUCCUGGAAACCUCCAUGUAUUCUCGAGGAGAAGGAGAUAUGGGAGGUUUCCCAAUUCGACACUCAAUUACAGCUCUUUGAUGCAGAUGACACAAUGAUUAAGAAGGAGGCUGAUGAUGAUCAUACAUCAGAGAAUAUCAAGUUUUGUAGAAUAGAACCUGGUCCUAGGAAAACUUUGGAGACCUUUAAGAACUUUGCAGAUUCAUGUAAGAAGAAGCGUUUUAGCAUAGAGCCAACCGUGGCAGAUAUUGAAAAAGAGUAUAGACAACUUGUUGAGUGUCCACUUGAUGAACUUGAGGUUCUUUGUGGCAGUGAUCUAGACACCAGAACGUUCAGCAGUGGGUUUCCCUUACCUGGACCAUCUGAAUCUUGCAAGUACAAAACAUCAGGUUGGAAUCUGAACAAUACGGCUAAGCUUCCUGGUUCUCUACUCUCGUUUGUAGACUGUGAAUCAGUUGGUGUUCCUCGCCUAAGUGUAGGAAUGCUUAUGUCUUCCCAGUUCUGGAAAUCUGAAAAGGACAGACUCUACUCGCUCUGCUAUUUGCAUAUGGGAGCUCCUAGAGUGUGGUACUCUGUAGCUGGAUGUCAUCGUUCUAAAGUGAUGAGCUUAUUCCCUGAUAUGUCUGGAGAACAACAUUCAAAGAGGAACCGUGAUCCUGUGAUGGUAGUGUCUCCAUAUGCGCUGAAAAUGGAAGGUAUACCAGUGACCAGGUGUGUCCAGAACCCUGGCCAGUAUGUUAUAUUGUUUCCAGGGUCAUGCUACUCUGCUGUUAACUGUGGCUUCAACUGUUUGGAGAAAGUAAACUUUGCUCCCAUUGAUUGGUUACCCCAUGGGGAUGUUGCUGUUCAUCAGAACCAAGAGAAGAAGAAAAAGUCAUUAAUAUCGUUUGAUAAGAUAUUACUAGGAGCUGCAAGAGAAGCUGUGAAACACCUUAAGGAGUACUCUUUAUCCAAGAAGAAAACAGCAGAGGAUAUGAGAUGGUAUAACUCUUGCGGUAAAGAGGGUUUGUUCACCAGCAUUAUUAAGUCACGGGUGAAGCAAGAGAAGAGUAGACGAGAGUUUCUUGCUAGUUCACUAAAGUCACAAAAGAUGGACAAGAGUUAUGAUGAUGUAAGCAAGAAGGAGUGCUGUUUUUGUUUCGUGGAUUUGCAUCUCUCCGCGGUCAAGUGUUCAUGUUCUGAUGAACGUUACUCGUGUCUGAGCCACGUGAGGAAUCUCUGUGCUUGUCCGAGUGGGAAGAAGUGCUUUCUCUAUAGGUACCCAAUCGAAGAGCUGAAUGUUCUUGUGGAGGCGUUGGAGCUACUGAAACUCAGCUCUAUGUUCAGAUGGACGAACUUUGAUCGCAACUACAAUAAUGCUUCUUCUCCUGCCGUUAAAAGUUCACAGCCUGGAGACAAAGGUAAGAAAGCAGAUGAGGUAGUGCCUUGUAAUGACAACAACAGCACAAGGAAAGAUGUUGAAGCUGGAGGGAAGGAGCUGGGUAAGACUAAAGUAAAAGCGAGAUCGAUCAUGGAGAUAUUGAAGGGGAAUGAUGAUGAUGAGUCUGGGCCUGUGCAACCUUGUUCUAGUAAACCAAACAAGUCAUGUGAUGCUUCUGCUGUCCACCCUGCAAAGAAACAUAAGCAGGGGUGAUGAGAGAAAAAGAAUGUUUUGUUUUUUUUUAAUGUAGUUUUGAGUUGUAGAAUUUGUAAAAGACUGUUUGUUCUUUUGGUUUUGAUUGAAUAAGACGCAGCCUACUAUCAGAU